AUGGUUAUAAAUUUAUUUUGUGAAAUUCGAGAGGAAUAUUUAUAUGCAAAAAUUGGCGAAUUAAAAAAUUUGAAAAGAAUAAAGACAAAUGAUUUAGUAACUAAUUAUUUAAUAUUUUUUUCAUUAUGUGUAAAUAAAAUUGUUGAAAAAAAUGAUGAAUAUAAAACAUUAACAAAUAUAGAAAAGGAAAAAAAAAGAAAGGAAUUAAUAGCAAAUAAUAUAGAAAAUAUUAAAAAAAAAUUAAAAGAAAAAAAAAAAGAAAAUGAAGCAACUAAUUUAAAAAGAGAAGAUAUAAAUUAUCAAAAAACUUUAUAUACACAAAAUGAACAAAACAGUGAUAUAUCAAUCACCUUAAAUAAAUAUGAUAAAUUACAUUUGGAACAAAUUCGUAAUGAUCUUACAUGUAUAUUACACUUUUGUAUAUCUUUAUUAAUUAAAAAUUUGAGAAUAUAUGCAAAAAAUAAAGAAACCAAAAUAUGUGAUACAUAUAAUUUGGUAAUACAAAAAGACAAUAAUGAAGAAAAAAAAAAUAUUGUUAGUUAUGUUGAAUUAAACGAUGAAAAUAGUGAAAAUAGCCAAAAUAGUAAAAAUAGUAAAAAUAGCCAAAAUAGUGAAAGUAGCCAAAAUAGUGAAAAAAAAAAUUUGAAUGAUAUUAUAAUUAACUCUUUUGAACUAAAUUUGCUGUAUAUAUCUUUCUGUUUUUAUAAUAUAUAUUUAUUAAGUAAUAAUGAUAUAUAUUAUUUAUAUGUAAGUCUAAUUUUAUUUUUAAAAAUUUUUGACCAUUUUAAAAAUAAAAAAAUUACUCACAAUAUUUCUAUUAAUAAUAAUAAAAUAUAUAUAAAAUAUGAUUUAUGUGUAGAACAUUUUUUAUUUAAAAUUUGUGAUAAAAUUGGGGUAAUACAAAGAAAGCAAAAAAAUAUUUAUGAUAGUUUAUUUUUUUUAACAUACAGUUUUAUAUUCUAUAAACAUUUAAACAAAAGUAAUAUCAACAAUUUUGAAAAAAAUGAAGAAUGUAAUACAAUUGAUAUGGAAAUAAUAAAUGUUGUUCAAAAUAUAAAUGAUAUAUUUUUACAAUUAAAUUUUUUUACAGUAUCAACUUUUUUUGUUUUAAAAAUCAUUGAUAUGCAUAUGUCUUGUUUGAGAAAUGAAAUAAAAAAUGUUUUAAUUGAAAUAAAUGUAAUAUAUAAAAAUAAGGAUGAUAAAAUAUUAAAAACAAUUAAUAAUAAAAAUAAUAAAUCUUAUUUUUUGGAUAGUGAAGAAAACCAAAAUACUAUUUUUUAUAUUUUAAAUGGUAAUGUAAUGUUAAAUAAAAAAAAAAAUGAAUCAAUAUCUUUUGAUGAAAAAUUAAAAAAAAUAAUAGAUAUGUGUAUUUCAAUUUUUAAUAAUAUUGUCGAAUGUAGUUAUAUAUUCUUAGAUUUACAUUUGUUAUCGAUAUAUGAACAUUUAAUUAAUGUAUCUUUUUGUAUGAUUAAAGAUGUUUAUAAAUUAUUUCAUAUAUUAAAAAAAGAAAAAGAAAAAAAUAUAAUAGUAGAAUAUAAAUAUAUGAUUUAUCGAAAUUUUUUAGAAAUGUAUAUCAUAUAUUUAAAAUAUAAUUAUUUGAACUAUUCUCAAACAACUUGUACAUCAAUAGAUACAUAUAAGCAUGUAAAUUAUAUACAUAAAAAAAAAGACCAAAUUCAAAAUUAUAUUUUUUCCUUAUUAAAAACGUGUCCUAAUGAUAAAAAAGAAAUAAAUAAUUUAGAAUUUCAAGAUAAUACAAAAAAUGUAGAUAUAAAAAAAGUUACAACCGAAACUUGUUUUGAUAAUGAUAAUGAUAAUAAUAAUGAUAAUGAUAAUGAUAAUAAUAAUAAUAAUAAUAAUAAUAAUAAUAAUAAUAAUAAUGAUAAAAUUUUAAUUUAUGAUCAUAUUCAACAAAUAGAGAAAAAUGUAACAUGCUUGGAAAAUGUUAUACACAUAAAUACUGAGGAAAUAAAUAAAGAGAUACAAUCAUGUCUAUUUUCUGAAAAACAUUUUCAAAAACGAAACAAAUAUGAUUUCGAUAUAAUUCCUUUUAUUAUAUCAGAUGAAAAUAUUAUAUAUAAAUUUAUAUGUGAACAAAUUUUAAAGAAAAAUAAUUUAAAUUUUGAAAAGGAUGAAAAUAAAUAUCAUGAUUUUGAAUUUUCGGAUUUAUAUGAACAAAUGUCCUUUUCAAAAACGUUUUGCGAAAAUGUAAAAGAACUUGACGAAAUAACGGAGGAAAUAUUUCAUUUGAUAAAAAAUGACCAAAUUAGCAGAGAUGAAAAAAGAAGAAGCGAACAAAAUAAAUCGCCUAUUGUUCCGUCCACAUUUAUUAACAUCGAUACAAAAUAUGUAGAAGAAUUUUUGAACAUUUUUCAGUUUAACGAAAUUAAAUUAAAUGAUUUAAAACUUGAUGUGUGCAAUUUUGGUAAUUCAGAAUAUAACAAUUUGGCUAUUAAUAAAAUGAAAAAUAAUUAUAAAAAAUUCACAAAGCAUAGGAAUAAUCGAGAAUAUGACAAUCUUCUAUCAUUAUCAUUUUUACAAAAUAAAAAUAUAGAUGGAAAAAAAAAACAAGGACAAAACAAUUGGAUAGAUUAUUCUGAUGAUAUACAUUAUUUAUGCUAUAACCAUAAAGAAAUCGAAUUUUUAUUUAAAAAAAUUAAAAAAUAUAUAAAAAAUUGUUUCGAAUAUUACUCUUUAUUUAAUCAAACAACUUUACAUUUAGACAUUUUAAUAAAUUCAAGUGAAGCUUAUUUUUAUUAUAAUUUUUUUACAAAAUCAUUUGAUGAAUGUAUAAAAAAUUAUAUGGACAUUUUAUAUUCAUUUAGUUAUCCAUUAAAAUAUAUAGAACAUAAACAAUAUUUAUUUUAUAAAAGAGAUCUAGCUUUAAAAUGUGCUUUACUACUAAAAGACGUUUAUAUAUGUAAAAAAUGGAAUAUAAUUAUUGAUAAUAUUUAUUUCAAUUCAGAUAAUAAGGAUAAUAAAAAUUUAAAUUUUGAUGAUAAUAUUUCGGGUAAUUUAACAAAAGACCAAAAACAAAUAAUAUUACAAGUAAUACAAUAUUAUUAUUUUUUUUUAAAAACUUAUGAAAUUGAGAAAGAAACAACAAAUGAAAUUAUUUUUGAAAAUGAUGAUGAAAAAAAAUCAUAUUUUGAUAUUUAUUUUUAUGUGUGUAAAACAUUAUCAACAGUAGAAGAUAAAAAUUUUAUAACUCAAGCAAUAAAUAAUUAUCAAUAUUUGCUAAAUUAUUCUUUAAAAAAUAAAAUGUAUCAUGAUGAACAAUACAAUGAAUAUAUGAAAAAUUUUUGCAAAAAAUCUAUUUAUAUGUUGGGAAUUAAAUUAAAUGAAAUUGCUUGA